AUGACUGUCUCAAUAAACGUAACUCAGGCUGUCGGUCUCGUAUGCGAGGCGCUUUUAUAUGGAGUCUACUGCGUACUAUUCAUCGCCUCUGUCGUAAUUCUCAUCAAACGCUAUCGAGUGUCUAACCGAGUGAUUUGGGUUGCGAACUGUCUCCUGUUUACAACAUCGACGGCUCAUUUUGCGUUGAUGUUCAACCAUUUCUAUAUUGCACUCGAAAAUGCUCCGUUCUCAGACUUCGGAAACGAAACUUCUGAAUUGAUGGGAGCAAAUUUGAUGAUUUCUGUGGUCGACGUCAUUGGAGACCUGCUCCUACUCUAUCGAUGCUGGCUUGUCUGGGGAAAGAAUUUUUAUGUCAUUGUUCUCCCUCUGCUCACUGCUCUUGGGGGCUUUGCGUGUAUCUUACCUAUACCAUCCCUUUUAUUGUCAAUAGACCCGACCUCGCCAGUUCCUCCAACUCAGAUCGUACCCUUGACUAUUGCCGGAUACGCUUUGCCUCUGUGCACAAAUAUUAUGGUCACUGGGCUCAUCGCUGGUCGCCUCUGGUACAUAUCUCGCAUUCCUGUCGUCGACGAGCAUGGAAAGCCAGUGAUUUUGAAAACCGCAGCUGGCGGACGCCCGAUGAUGCUAAUCAUCGAAAGCGGUGCUCUGUAUAUGAUCACGCAGCUCAUCUUUGUCAUUCUCGUAGCCACUCGAAAUCCUGCUGAGGCGGUAUUAAGUCUAGCUGGGACACAGAUAUAUGGUAUUGCGUCCACCUUGAUCAUAAUUCGUGUUGGGCUGGGCAUUUCGUCUGAGCAGACUAUGUCGGCGAUGACGAUGACUCGAGUGGAGUUUUGUUCCCAGCGAGAAGAUACCACAGGGAUGCGCUCAGUUGGUACAUGGAGAAAUGAUCGCUCCUGUAGUUCUCCAUUGGCUGCCCAAUCGGGUGUGGAACAGUGGUCAUCGGAUCGACCUUUGGAUCUUUGAUGGUUUAAACAUAUAUAUACGCAUACUAUCUCUGGCCCGGAAUUGCAAAUCGUGAUGUAGCUCACUCAUAUUUCACUCAUUUCCUGUUCACAAUGAUUCUAGAGGAUGAUUGAUUCAAGGCUUGCUGUUUGUAUUUUUUACUCCAUGAAAAAUGGACGAGAAGUGCUUGCGGCAGUGAAACACUGC